UAGCUAUUUAUUUAUUUAUAUAUUAAAAGGAUUUUCUGGGAGGUGUCCAGGGAGAAAGGGGAGCCUGCCAUAGGCUGAUACGCUAUGCCGAUUUGCAUAUCCGCGUCUAUUAAAGAUCCCGAGGAGGGGCCGGGCCGGCUUAGAAGAAAGAGAGCGCGAAGCGAAGCAGACGUGCGGCUCAGCCAGCAGGUAGCCAGGACAAGGUUCCCAGCCUUUGGACUGGUGGAAGCGGGAUCUGCCGGGUGCACAGCGCCCGUCUGAACUAGUCUAGGGGAGGACUAACUUACCAGCAGCCGGAAAGAGCGUCGGUCUACUCUUUGGCUGGAUUUCUUCCCCUUCUCUCUCUCUUUCUCCAUUUCCUCAGAGGCAGGUGCGCGCACACCUUACAUCUUCAUUCCCUCCGCGUUCUUCCCAAGGCAGCGCCAGAACAAUGCAUGCUACCAAGGACAGGCGCUCUCCGGGCAUACUUUGCCACCCUUUGGGUCUUCUCUGUCUAGGGUGGCUGCUCUCCUGCACCCUUGGCAAGACUAUUCGAUACCACACCUAUGAAGAAGACCCUCCGGGGACGGUCAUCGGCACUUUGGCCGACGAGCUACCCCUGAAGGGGAUCGGAGGUGGCGGCGGCGGGGAGAGGAGUUUCCGCCUGAUGAAGCAGUCGGGCAACAGCUCGCUGGUGCGGGUGCGGGAGCGAGACGGGCAGCUGAGCCUCGGCACUGAGCGGCUGGACCGGGAGCAGCUGUGCGGACAGGCGGAGGAGCCGUGCGUGCUGGCCUUCGACGUGGUGAGCCUGGGCGGCGGCGGCGGCGGCGCUGCCGCCUCAGCCUCGCAGUACCGCCUGGUGCAUGUGGAGUUGGAGGUGCGAGACAUCAACGACCACGCGCCCCGCUUCCCGACGCCCCUCAUCGCCCUGGAGGUGUCCGAGAGCGCCGCCCCCGGCACCCGCUUGCCGCUCGACCUGGCCCACGACCUGGACGUGGGCUCCAACGGCAUCCAGAGCUUCGCCGUCUCGCCCAACAGCCACUUCGCUUCGAGUUCGGGCUCGGCUCCAGCGGGGGCAACCACGGUGGCCUAUGUUAGUGAGGCGGCGCCAGCGGAGAGCCUGGUGGCGCUGGUCAGCACCUCGGACAGCGACGCGGGCGCCAACGGCCAGGUGCGCUGCGCCCUCCUGGCCGCGCCCCACGAGCCCUUCGCCCUCCAGCGCGCUUACGAUGCCAGCUACGUCGUGCUCACCACCGGGCCGCUGGACCGCGAGCGCGUGGCCGAAUACAACCUGACCGUGGUGGCCGAGGAUCUGGGCUCGCCGCCAGCCAAGACCGUGCGCCGCCUCACCGUGCGGCUGGCCGACGAGAACGACAAUGCGCCACGCUUCGCCCGGGCCCGUUACGAGGUGGCCGUCCUCGAGAACAACCCACCGGGCGCCUACCUCGCUGCCGUCCAGGCCGCCGACCCGGACCUCGGGCCCAAUGGCAAGGUCACCUACCGCUUGCUGGACAGCCAAAUCAUGGGCGCCUCCAUCUCCACCUACGUCUCGGUGGAUCCCGCCACGGGAGCCAUUUAUGCGCUGCGCACUUUCAACUAUGAGAUUCUGAAGCAGCUGGAUCUGACCGUCCAAGCCACGGAUGGAGGUUCCCCGCAGCUCUCCAGCGCCGCCCUUGUCAAGGUGCGGGUGGUAGACCAGAACGACAACGCGCCGGUGAUCACGCACCCAGCGUUCAGCAAUGGCUCCCUGGAGAUCGCGGUGUCCAGCAAAGCUGCCAGGGACUCCUUGGUGGCGCACGUCAAAGCCCGAGACGCCGACGAGGGAGUCAACGCGGAACUGAGAUUCGCCUUCCAGGAAGACCUGUUGUCCCAGCAGCAGCAGCAGCAGCAGCACCCAGCGUUCAGCAAUGGCUCCCUGGAGAUCGCGGUGUCCAGCAAAGCUGCCAGGGACUCCUUGGUGGCGCACGUCAAAGCCCGAGACGCCGACGAGGGAGUCAACGCGGAACUGAGAUUCGCCUUCCAGGAAGACCUGUUGUCCCAGCAGCAGCAGCAGCAGCAGCAGCGCGAUCAACAGCAGCACCUGCGAGCGCUGGACCUCUUUGCUAUCAACGAGAAGACGGGGGAAGUAGUGCUGAGGAGGAGCCUCUCGGAGGAAGAACUGGACCAAGUCUACCCGCUGCUCCUUACCGUGUCGGACAACGGCCGCCCGCCCCUCUCCACCACAGCCACGGUCAGCUUCCAGGUGACCGCCGCCUUGCCGCCCCCCUCCAGCAGCAGCCCGGACUCGGCCGCCAAGGCCAGCUCUUGGGAAGGGAAGGCGGUGCAGUGGGACGUCCCCCUGAUCGUCAUCGUCGUGCUGGCCGGGAGCUGCACUUUGCUGCUAGUGGCCAUCAUUACCAUCGCCACCACGUGCAACCGGCGCAAGAAGAAGAAGAAGACGGGAGCCUUGGAGGAGCCGCUGGACGCUUUGCCCCUCGAGAAGGGCCGGCCGGAAGGCAGCGUGAGCGGCGGCGGCGGCAGUGGCGGCAGCCUGGCGUCCCCCAGCCCUGGUGCCCAAGGCAGUGGCUUCGGAAUGCAUUCCUUCCCCAGUAAAUCCUCUUUUGCAAGCCCAGAGCCCUCGCCAGCUAGCGAGGACAUCCCCGCUUCCGAGAACAGCCAGGAAAGCGCCAGCCUUUAUGACAGUCAAAGCCGACUUCGAGGAACAAACCUUGAGUCUUACACCUCUGCUCCUAGUUACAGCAAAGAAUCAGCCCCACCUGUGGCCAUCUGGAAGGGCCACUCUUUCAACACCAUUGCAGGCAGAGAAGCGGAGAAGUUCAGUGGCAAGGACAGUGGCAAAGGUGACAGCGACUUCAACGACAGUGAUUCUGACAUCAGUGGGGAUGCCCUAAAGAAGGACCUCAUCACUCACAUGCAGAAUGGACUGUGGGCAUGUACUGCUGAAUGCAAGAUCCUGGGUCACUCAGAUCGAUGCUGGAGCCCCUCCUGUGGUCGGUCCAAUCCUCACUCCUCCCCUCACCCAAAGACCCAGCUUUCCACCUUCUGCAAAAGCACCUCAUUGCCAAGGGACUCCCUGCGCCGAGACAACUAUUAUCAUGCCCAACUGCCAAAGACUGUGGGGCUGCAGAGUGUUUAUGAGAAAGUCUUGCACAGGGAUUAUGACAGAACAAUGACAUUGCUGUCCCCUCCUCAUCCAGGGAGGCUGCCAGACCUCCAGGAGAUCUCAGUACCUCUGUACCAAGCCCCCUCCACUCGUUAUUUAGGCCCUCCACCUGAGACUGGCCAGAAAGUCUAACUGUCAGUGCUUCAUUUGAGCAGAGGCUCAAAAGAGUCUGACUGUGGGAACUGUUUAAGAAACAGGUGCUGGGCUCUGGAACUUGAAUUUCUAAUGUGAUGCAUUUGCUGGAGAAGAUUUCUCUCUUUCCUUCUGUCUGCCUUUGUGAUAUGGAGAAAGAAGAUAGUGACUCUGAGCAUGUUCAAACUGUAUUUCACACUACCUUCUGGGCACAGCCAAUCCCUACAAGUUGCCAAGUUAAUGGGAACAGUGUUUGUACCUUAGCAGCUCUCUUUUAAAACAAUUAAACACUGCUUCCAUCCCCACCCAGUCCUACCCCAAGCAUGCGCCUCCCUCAGUGCACACUACUAGAUCAUUCCCCAAAGUUCUUAAAUUAUUGACCAGGUUUUGAUGUAAAUAAAAAUAAGCAAAAUGUGCCUUAAAAUAUGACUAUGUGUAAGUGCAUGCAUGUAUGUAUGUAUCCAAAGAUAUAUGCAUACAUAUAACAUGCGUACAAGCAUAGCUGGGUGUACGUAUGCUGGUGUAUAUGCCUGUGUGUUGUAUGUGUAUAUACAUGCAGAUACACAUGCAACUGUACACACAAAAGGAAAUGCAUACAUACACAUGUAUGUAUCCAUGUGUGGGUUUAGGUAGAUAUAGAUAUAAAUAUAAAUGGGGUGUAAAUGAAAUUGUUUGGAAAGAUUUCCAAUUACAUUGGUACUGUUUGAUAUUUGCAAACAAAAACUCUUUCUAGUUAAUGUAAUUUUUAUGAAAUGUGCAGUAUUUAACUUUUUUCUUUGUUGCCCUU